AUGUCGAACUCCAACACGGCUGGGUCGAUCCAGAGAAUCACUCGUGAGAUAGCAAGUGCACAAAAGGGCACCGAUCUUUCUAUUGCUGUUGCAUGCCGCGACAGCGACGUUCGACAUGUUCGUGCUCUCAUCAUCGGGCCGCCUGAGACGCCAUAUGAAUUUGGCUUUUUUGAGUUCGACAUGAAGUUCUCUAAGGACUAUCCGAUCAAAUCUCCAACCGUACGGUGUAUCACGACCAAUGGUGGGAGAACUCGUUUCAACCCUAACAUCUACGCUGAGGGCAAAGUAUGCCUUUCCAUACUGGGUACCUGGCGCGGAAAUCCUGGCGAGGAAUGGAGCAGCGCUCAAGGUCUCGAGAGCGUCCUGCUCAGCAUACAGAGUCUUAUGUCAGCCAAUCCGUAUGAGAACGAGCCCGGCUACGAAACUCACAAGAAGGAGGAGCCGAAACCGGCCGCUUACAUUGCCAAGAUACGACACGAGACACUCCGGAUCAGCGUCAUUCAGUGUCUUGAGAACAUUUUGCAACUACAGCCGGACAAACUCGAGCCUGUUCUUAAGAAGAUCAAGACACAGUGGGAUCCGUUUGCAGAUCUCAUUAAGCGACGUUUCUUGUGGUACUACGAUGCUUAUAUGCGAGCCAUUGAGACCUUCGAAAAGGAACAGCGAGAUGGCACGGCAUUCAAGCGAAUGGAGUUCGAGUAUCCACCGAACAGCAUGGAGGGUCACUUCACCUACAAGAAUCUGCAUUCACGAAUGAAAGCAAUUCUGGCGAAGCUCAACGAGGAGAAACUCUCAUGGGAACAAUCCGGUGCGCAACAAGUCAUGGACGGUACACAGCUAGCCGUUAUGCUUGCGUUCCAGUUUAAGCAACUGCAAUUCAAGUGGAACGAAGGCGAGAACGCUGGGCGCAUGGAGAUCUCCCUUCCUAAUCCCAAGAACCCCUUCGUGUGGCAGUUCACGCUCUUUGGGCAGCCUAUGACCAAUCUCGACGGAGGCAUUUUUAACCUCAAACUCUACAUUCCGCCGGACUUCCCAGAGACUCAACCACGUGUCACUGUGGAGACGCCAAUCUAUCAUCAUCGUGUCAGCUCCAAUGGCACACUGUGCUAUUUUCCGCAGAAACCAGAUGAGAUCUCAUCUCAUCUCGAAGCUAUUGCCGCCGCUAUUGAGGACAAGGAAUCAACAUUCGACCCGAGAGCCAUGGUCAAUCCGGAAAUCUUCGAACAGUAUUGGGGAGGUGAUGACAAGCGAAAGGUGUACAAUCGCAAGCUGAGACGCAGCGCACAAGAGAGCAGUGAGUUCUUGUGA